GACCUUUCAUGGAUUUGAUCGAUCAUGUUUAAUAAACGAAAUGAAAUAUCAUUUCAUCGUAUUACUAAGUGCUGAAAAAUGAUGGUGGCAAUUGCAGAGAGCAACUUUGGACGACUAAUAUUUCUAUUAUUUUGCCUCUUUGGGGUUGUCAAAACAGAAGAAAAAUGUGAUGCUCCUCACCCAUACAAACCAGCAUAUGGAAGAAGGUCUCAAGGCAGAACUACCGUCCCAUUUUUUGUAGGGGAAGGUAUCUACUUCUUUUGUAACAGCGGUUACAAAAUUUUUGGAAAGGACGUUAUCAUAUGCCUUAGUGAUGGAAAAUGGGAUGCUCCUGUUCCGAGUUGCAUUAAAACUGAGUUUGUCCAAAGCGACUAUGCUGUAAGACUUAUGGGGAAUUACUCUAACAAGGGAAGAGUUGAGGUCUUCCAUAAAGGUAUAAAGCAAAAACACAACAAAAAGUGGGUGAGAGUCUGUAAUAUAGGAUGGACUUUGGAAGAUGCACAAGUCGUCUGUAGGCAACUUGGUUAUGAUCCCAACAAAACCAGGAUUCCUAUAUAUGCUUCUGAUAGCAUUAGAGAUAGGAUGAAUACUAAACAAUGGGGCCAUGGAGUUAGAGGUUAUGGUGUGUCAAACUUCACUUGUACAGGGAGAGAGGAAUAUCUUGGAGAAUGUGCUCAUAAUCCUUGGCAACAAGUUGGUCACUGUUAUAAAAACCAUGAUGCCAUUGCUAU